AUGCCCGGUAUUUUGCCUAUGAAAGUGAUCAAGGUCGGAGGUACAGGCGCUCAGAGUCGAAUCGCCCAAGCCUGUGACCGAUGCCGCAGCAAGAAAAUACGAUGUGAUGGAGUUCGACCAUGUUGUUCACAAUGCGCCAACGUUGGAUUCGAAUGCAAAACAAGCGAUAAGUUGAGCCGUCGUGCUUUUCCUCGAGGAUAUACCGAAUCGCUAGAGGAGCGAGUGCGAGCUUUGGAAUCGGAAGUGAGAGAAUUGAAAGAUUUGCUGGACGAAAAAGACGAGAAGAUCGACGUUUUGUCUCGGAUACACUCUUUUUCGCUCUCACAACGCACCGCCUUACCCCGGUCUCCGCCCACAUCCGCCGCUCCUACCAUUAACAAACCUAUAAAUGAUGAGUCGGAGGGCAUGAUUCAUAUAGUCCGUCCAGCGAGUCAAAUUGCGCCUUCACAGAAUUCCAACCCUUAUACCGCUUUCUCCAGCACUCAAGGCUUUGCUGGAGUUCUCACCGAUACCUUGGUCAACCAGAGCAAGUCAGCGUCGAAAAUACCCACCAAUACAUUGACAAAAUUAUCGGCCCCCGUGUCGCGUGGGAUGCUUAACCAGCCUAUCAAGACACCGCCUCGUCUGGUUUCAGACCAACUUAUCAAUAUUUUCUUCCAAGAAUGGGCACCAUUGUACCCUGUUGUACAUCGUCCGAGUAUCUUGAGAGCUUAUGAUUUAUAUAUUAAUAGUGUGGACUCACUGAAGAGCAACGUUCAUAUGAUGGCUCAGUUGAAUCUAAUUUUCGGCAUUGCAGCUCUCUCGUCAAAUUCGAGGACUAACCAAGAUCCAACAUUCUUUGAGGAGAACUGGACAGGGGCUCUGGAUUCAUUCUCCUGCGAAACAUCAAUGAGGAGCUUGCAAUGCUUCGUUCUCGCUCAGAUUUACUGCAUGACUAAAGGUGACUAUCGUAGUCUGCUACGAUACCGUGCCCUUGCCGUGGAUGUUUGUCAUCAGCUGGGGCUCCACCAGACUCAGGAAAGUUAUGCGUCUAAUCCAUUGGAGGGCGAGACGCGCAAGAAGGUCUUUUGGUGUCAGUAUGUGUUGGACCGGUUCUCAUCCGCCCUGACUGGGAUGCCUGUUUUGCUGCGAGAGUCCGACGUUGAGACCGAAUAUCCUGUUGAUGUCGAUGAUGAGAACGUCACGGAGACUGGCUUCUUGCCCACGCUUCCUGGCGAGUCUACUCGCCUUUCGAGCGCCCUGGCGCUUUUCCGCGUUUCUCGUAUUCUGAAUAAGACUUUGGAAGAUUUGUAUUCUUCUAAGGCUACAUACGAGGUCUAUGUGUCCAAGGUGCGCAUUGUGACGGAGCAACUGGACGAAUGGCUUCAGUCGAUGCCUUCCCAUCUUCGCCUUGAGUUUUCUCAGGAUAAGCCUAGUACAAACGUCACAAGCAGCCGAUCACCCCUUCUUUCCCUUGUAUACUAUUUCAUCCGAUCUCUUAUUCAUCGUCCUGCGGUCUGCUUUGCGAACGAGAACAUGCGCUCUCCAUCAGUCAUGGCAUUGGCCGAUUCUUCAAAGCACAUAAUUCAAAUCCUCCAGCUGCUUGACGAGCGGAGACUUUGCCUCUCAUUCAGUCUCAACCGUCAGGAACUACUAUUUUUCUCAGGCCUUGGGCUGCUCUGGCAGGCCAUGGGUUUGAAACAGGAUAGCAAGUUAGCCAAGGAGAGCCAAAAACUCCUUUCCACAGUUACAUCUCAAUUGGAAUUAGAGUCGAUCGCGGCUGCUAAUGAAUUUGGUCACCUCUUCGGCACUUUGCUUCCAUUCGACAACGGACUCCAGGGAACUAUCCAGGCACGCAAACAGCCCAACGAAAUGGUGGCACCAACCCAUAAGCCUUCCAAAUCCCCGAAGAGUCAACUGCAAUCUCUCAAGUCUCGCCUCGCGUCUAGCAUUGGCCGAGAUCAAGCGUCAAAGCAAGCAUCACCCUCUCGCCGGAAUACCGUCUCUGGAGCUACUCCUCCGAUCGCUGCUCAAACUCUCCGUUCCCCCAGUUGGACAAGCCUUCCACCUGGACAGGCCGAUCAUAUCUCAAACUCUCAAUACCACACGGCCAGACACUCUUUGGAUCUAUCCUCCAACCCUCAGAUGAUUCAUUCAUCUAUGGGUUAUGACGAUCCUCGAAAUCUGUCCUCUUCGACUCCAUCCGACCCAGCCCAUGGCGCUAUUACAAUGGCUGACUGGGAAUACGUUCUCAGUGACAUGGAUAGAGGAUUCUCCAACAUCUUUACCGGCAUCUACGGUGGCAAGGAAUGUGGCGAAGACCAUGGGCCAUUUGCUUCAAUUACUGCUGAAUAUAGCAAAGCCAAUGACGGAAUGCUUGAUAUUCCGCCUCCAUCUGAUAUGCACGAACUUUCUCCGGAAUCGUGGUCUGCCAGCAGUGGUGACUAUGCUCGUCCACAGGAACACACGGCUCAGAGUGUUUUGAGUUACUCCGGAGAAAGUAUGGAAAGUCCCGAAGAAAAUCCCCAGGCCCUCGUGGAUGUCUCGCUGAAUCCGGAAGACAUGGGAGUCUUCGAUCCGUUCCAGAAUUAUUCAAUGCCUGUCAAGGAAGACAUGGAUGAAUAUGCUUUGGUGCAAGGUUGGGACCGACGGCUGGCCGUCUGA